AUGUCUAAAGAUUUAGAAGAUAUAGAAGAUUUCCCAUCUACCCGUGAGGCACUUGAAACUAUUUUUUCGCAAGCCUCCAACGAAGAAGUUACAAAAUACGUGAAGCAACUUGAUGGUGUCAAUAUUCUCGAUCCAGUCCUUGUUAUUUCUCCAAAUCAAGCUUGGAUCAAUCAGCAUGGUUGGCCGGCUUAUUACGCAGUUAUGGAUGGAUUUGCGACCAAUGGUCUCCAAAAUAGGCGAAGAGAUGAGAAUUCUCGUUGUAUCUUUCACUUCACUUUCCUCACCGAACUCUAUACUGUGCGCGAAAAUAUUUAUAAUAUUUUUCCCAACGCCUUCUUCAUUUCUCCUUCUCUCCAAGCUUAA